AUGGUAACGCUCGGAUUUCCACAAGAUAUACAAAUAAAAACAAAAUGGUUAAAAUUUUGUAACUUGGAUGAAGCUAUUCUUAGAACUUCCACUUUUUUAUGCUCCAAUCACUUUACAAAAGAAGAUUACCUUCUUACAGCAACAAAUAAAAUUUUAAAAAAUAAAAGCAUACCAUCCGUUUAUCAUAUUAAACGUAAAAAACGGAGUCUAGAUGAUAAUGAUAAAGACUGCAAGCAUAAUAAGGAAAUUGCUAAACGUAAGAAAAGUGAAUGCUUACUAAAUAUACAUGAAGAGGAAUCAUGUUCAACUGUAAUUCAGCAUCCAGCAGAUAACAAUAUCAGCGAUGAACCAACUCAUGAAAAGGAAUCGUGUUCAACUAUCAUCCAGCAUCCAGCAGAUAACAAUAUCAGCGAUGAACCAACUCAUGAAAAGGAAUCGUGUUCAACUAUCAUCCAGCAUACAGCAGAUAACAAUAUCAGCGAUGAACCAACUCAUGAAAAGGAAUCGUGUUCAACUAUCAUCCAGCAUACAGCAGAUAACAAUAUCAGCGAUGAACCAACUCAUGAAAAGGAAUCGUGUUCAACUAUCAUCCAGCAUACAGCAGAUAACAAUAUCAGCGAUGAACCAACUCAUGAAAAGGAAUCGUGUUCAACUAUCAUCCAGCAUCCAGCAGAUAACAAUAUCGGCAAUGAACCAACUCAUGAAGAAUAGUGUUCAACUAUAAUUCAGCAUCCAGUUGAUAACAAUGUAAACAAAACUCCAGAAAAUGAAAAUUUAAAAAACUCCAGAGAAAUUCAUUAUGGUACUGAUGCAGUAUUGCCGAUAAAUGUAACUCCUCCAAAUUCUCCGCGUAAAGCACGAUAUAUUGGUGAUAUUAGAACACCACAUUUAGCCACCCCACGGAGAGCUAAAAGAGCAUUAAAUAUAGCAAAGCUGGUAGUAAAAAAACAAAGGAGAAAAAUUUUAACAUUACAACAACAAACUACGAGACUGAAAAACCGUGUUAAAACUAUGAAAGACUUGAUAGAUCAUCUUAAGAAGAAGAAUUUUAUAUCGGAGAAUGCUGUGGAUCAUUUAAUGGUAUAUCAAGAAGUUUCUAUAUAAUAAUUAAACGUAAAGCGAUAGCAUUUUCAGAUAAAGCAGGCUCACUCGCUUUGAAUUUUAUUGCUUGUAUGUUUAAACAUAGCAUCAUGAAUAAUUAUAUAUAAUCAAUUAACUGUAUACUGUAUAUAAUCAAUCAACUAUAUAUAAUCUAUAUACAAUCUGUGUAUAAUCUAACUAUAUAUAAUCUAUCAACUAUAUAUACAACUAUAUAUAAUCAAUCAUAGCAUUAAAGAUUAUUUACGCCAAGAAAUCUUUUGUAUUUUUUUUAAACAAAAAUAUUUUAAAAGGUUAAUCUGUUUUAUAAGUUUUUUGACAUGUUUGUAACUUUUAUUACAUCUUCCGAGGAAAUGUUACUAAAUAAUUCAAUUUUAAUUUAGAGAGAUAUUCGAUCGAUAAUGUAAAUACAAAUCAAAACAAGAAGGCCUUUCGUACGGUCGUAGCUGGAUCUUAGUGCUUUUGUGUACUUGUAUGAUUUUAUAUACUUUAUAUUUACAAUAUCAAAAACAUUCAAUAUCGAGAUUCGUGUAUAUUUGACGGCAGAACAUUUUUAUUCAGUUUCAGAAGAGUUUGAAAUUUUGUACAUUUUUGUAUUAUAAAGCUCUCCAAUUGAAGCAAUUAAUCAAAGCGGGUCAACUGCUUUAUUCGAAAACGUUAUGGUCCGAAUUCAUAGUCGAUUUAGAAAAUCGACCAUGUAUUCGGAUUUAUAUCAUUUUAUGUUUAUCAUUUAUAUAUAAAUUUCUAUCGGCUCCAACAGAAAGUUGUUUCAAAAAACCGCUCCAAUAGGAGCUUGUUUUUUAAAAUAAGCUCCUAUUGGAGUGAUUGGAAAACAUUAUUAAG